AUGGGCGAUGAGAUGACGGCCGAGGACAAGCUGAUGCUGAUGAGAUGCCAGCUUCAAUUGCAAAAAGCUCAGGUUGAAAACACUAUCCUGAUUGCCAAAGCGAAGCUACGACAGAGAGAUAGAGAAGUCGUGAAAAAAGUUGUAUCUACACCACUGAAUAGAAGGAAAAAGAGAACCAUCUGGCUCAGAAAAUGGCUCGCCAGAAGACCAGACCUGGGUCAGUACGCACGGCUGAUGGACGAACUGAAGAAAGAAGACGCCAAGGGCUUCUGUAAUUUCCUGCGCAUGAGCUAUCAGAUAUACCAAGAGAUCCUGACACGCAUUGAGCACAGAAUCAAGCCGAAGAAGUCAAAGUACAGGAAGCCUCUGACAGCUGGCAUUAAGUUGGCAAUAACAUUGCGGUACCUAGCAUCAGGGGACAGCUACCACUGUCUGAUGUAUGCCUUCAGGGUCGCACACAACACCAUCUCCAAGGUCAUCCGUCAGGUCUGCGAUGCAAUACUUGUAGAGUUUGCUGAGGAACUAAUUCCCUGUCCUGAAACGCCAGAUGAGUGGAAGAAGAUCGCCAAGCAGUUCGGCGGCCGAUGGCAGCUGCACAACUGUGUGGGUGCCUUGGACGGGAAGCACAUCGCCAUACAGUGUCCUCGGCGUGGUGGCUCGUUGUACUACAACUACAAGGGGUACCAUUCCAUAAUCCUCAUGGCCUUGGUCGACGCCGACUACAAGUUCAUUUGGGUGGAAGUAGGCAGCAAUGGAUCAGCCGGUGAUGCUCAAGUGUUCAACAAUAGUGAGCUGAAGGAAGCCAUCGACAAUGGAGUGUUGGGCCUACCUGAUCCUGAACCUUUACCAAACGACGACAAACCAAUGCCGCUCUAUAUUGCUGCGGAUGACGCCUUCACCUUGAAGAAGAGGCUCAUGAAACCUUUCUCUAAGAAGAACAUGUCACAUUCCGAGAGAGUCUACAACUACCGACUGUCCAGGGGGUGA